UUACGCGGUCUCAGCUCCUUCACUCUCUAGUCUCAACUCAAACACACUUUCUCUCUCUACUCUCGCCGGAGCUUUCUCUCUCUACGGCCACCGCAGACCGAAACCCUACACCUUCACCACCACACUCACCAGAUCUGCAACCACCACCAUGCGCCACUAGCUCCGUGCUCAAUGUCCGGCUCCGAUCCCAAAUCUCGCCCACGGCCGGGACCAUGGCCGCCGGCACCGGCACCGGUAGCAAAGGCAAUGCCACCGCCUUCUUCUUCCUGGGCGAAGAAAACCGGCUUCAAACCCAAACUCUCCGGCGAGACCAAUGCCGGAGACUCAGGCCAGAUAAGUCUGCCGCCGAAGCCUGACGCGAGCACGGAUCUCGAAGCUGGUCGGGUUCCUGUUCCUGUUCCUCCGCCGCCGCAGGCGGUGAACGGCGUGGGUAAAGUUCCGCCGCUUCCACCUUCGAAGGAUCAGGUGGCGAAGAAGCGCAGGGACUCCGAUGGAGUUCCCACUACCAAUGGCCAGGUGACGGUUGAGCAGCUGCCACCGCCGCCGCGGAGAGCGGCGAGGAAUGAGGAUGUUGGUGGUGCGUUGCCGCUGAGUGUGGAUGACGAUGGCUUCGUGUCUAGACAUUCGCAUAUGAAGUAUGAGCUCAGAGAUUCACCUGGUUUAGUUCCUAUUGGUAUAUACGGCAUUCAGCAUUAUGUUUCGAUAUUAGGUUCGUUGAUUCUCAUUCCGCUUGUCAUUGUUCCUGCCAUGGGAGGAAAUCAUGAUGAUACUUCUGCGGUGGUUUCAACAGUGAUGUUCGUGUCGGGAGUGACUACACUCUUGCAUACUACAUUUGGGACCAGGUUGCCCUUGAUUCAGGGACCUUCUUUUGUUUAUCUAGCUCCAGCUUUGGCGAUCAUCAACUCCCAGGAAUUUCAAGGAUUAAACGAAAAUAAAUUCAAGCAUAUAAUGAAGGUGCUGCAGGGAGCUAUAAUUAUUGGAUCAGCUUUUCAAACUUUACUUGGGUAUACUGGACUUAUGUCGCUGUUAGUAAGGUUGAUCAAUCCCGUGGUUGUAUCCCCAACUAUUGCUGCAGUCGGACUUUCAUUUUACAGUUACGGUUUUCCACUAGUGGGUACAUGUCUUGAGAUCGGAGCAAUACAGAUAUUAGUGGCUAUUUUUUUUUCUCUUUAUCUUCGUAAGAUAUCUGUUCUUGGACACCGCAUAUUUCUAAUAUAUGCAGUUCCUUUGGGUCUAGCUAUUACAUGGGCAGCAGCCUUCUUGCUCACUGAAGCUGGAGCCUACAACUACAAAGGGUGUGACAUCAGCAUACCUGCCUCAAAUAUGGUUUCAGAACACUGCAGAAAGCACAUAUCAAGGAUGAGGCAUUGUCGAGUUGAUACAUCUCGUGCAUUGAAAUCAUCCCCAUGGUUUAGAUUUCCUUAUCCACUACAAUGGGGUACUCCUGCCUUCCACUGGAAAAUGGCUCUUGUGAUGUGUGUGGUUUCCUUAAUCUCAUCUGUGGAUUCGGUUGGCUCAUAUCAUGCAUCUUCAUUAUUGGUAGCAUCCAGACCUCCAACUCCUGGAGUUCUUAGUCGAGGAAUUGGUUUAGAAGGUCUUUGUAGUGUCUUGGCUGGUCUCUGGGGUACUGGUACUGGGUCUUCAACUUUGACUGAAAAUGUUCACACAAUUGCUGUGACUAAAAUGGGAAGCCGCAGAGCAGUACAACUGGGUGCAUGCUUUCUGAUAGUGUUGUCUCUUGUGGGUAAGGUUGGAGGGUUCAUUGCUUCAAUUCCUGAAGUCAUGGUUGCUGGUCUCCUCUGCUUUAUGUGGGCAAUGCUUACAGCAUUGGGCUUGUCAAAUCUACGCUACAGUGAGGCCGGAAGCUCCCGCAAUAUCAUCAUAAUUGGUUUAUCAUUGUUUUUUUCUCUAUCCAUACCUGCCUACUUUCAACAAUACGGCAUCUCUCCAAAUUCCAACUUGUCAGUGCCAAGUUAUUUUCAGCCUUACAUUGUGGCUUCUCAUGGGCCUUUCCGCAGCAAAUACGGAGGGUUAAAUUAUUUCCUAAACACGAUUUUCUCACUACACAUGGUGAUCGCUUUUCUUGUCGCUGUUAUCUUGGAUAAUACUGUACCUGGUAGUAAGCAGGAACGUGGGGUAUAUGUUUGGUCAGAACCUGAUGUUGCUAGAAGGGAGCCUGCUGUUGCGAAUGACUAUGAGUUGCCCUUGAGGGUUGGUAAGAUUUUCCGAUGGGUGAAGUGGGUUGGCCUGUGAAUGACAAGGGUUUAGUUGGUUCACCAUUUUGCCCAAGGCACCACCCUUAAUCUAGAUUCAUGUCUUGUUGGGGGCUCAAUGAUAUGGAUUUUUUUUUUGGAUCAUGGCUCAAUAAUAUGGAUAGUGAAAUUGGUCGUAUUUUUGGGUGUUAAUUUAUGUAGAUUGAAGUUCCGAAGGGGUCUAUUUGUGUUGUAAUUUGUUAGGUUAACCAUGCAUCUUUGGACAGAAAAAGAAGAUUAACCAUGUAUCUAGUUUUAAUUCAUUCAAAAUCUCCAGGGGGUGUUUGCUUUAACGGGGCUUUGACAAAUCAUCCUGGUUAUGUAUAUAUAUAUAUGUACACUCACAUUUUUAUACCUCCUCAAUUGGUACUGGAAAGUUUUUAUUUAGUAUAUUUAUUGAUUCACCAACAA